AUGCGGACUCUGAUCACCACACAGCUCCUGUCUCUGCUGCUCCUGCUGCUGCAGCCACCGCAGUUUCAAAGGGCUUUUAAAUAUUAUGAUUUAUCAGAUACAGAAGCAGAAGAAUUUGAAGAUUAUUUGGAGGAAUUAUUUGCUACAGGGCCUACCAAACCACCUACCAAAGAAGAUUUCCAAAAGACUGUCAUCAUUCAGCCUGGAAGACCAUUAUCUGAUCCGGAGUACUGUAAUGACGAAAUGAAGAUGAAAAAUGUUCACAACAGGUUGUAUUGUAGGAAAGAACAUUUCUUUCUCCAAGUAGCAUAUGAGAAGGUGCAAAAGAUCUGUCACAACAUAUAUGUGCCAUGUAAGAAUGGAGUUAAGAAAUGUCACAGGAGCAAGAAACUAAUAGAAGGAGUGUAUUGUAAUUUAACAGCAGGAGUCAAGAUGUCAUACUGUGAAUAUGAAUCUUUUUACAGGCAAGGAUAUGCCCUUAUCACGUGUCGAUGGCAAAAUGAUAUCCAAGAAAUUAUUCCUGAUCAUGUAAAUGACCUUCAGGUAAUAUCUGACUAG